UCCCUUUCUUAUUUCUGUUUCACACGUAUCCUCGCUCUCACUGUCUCACCCCUCUUCUCUUCCAACAGCGACGACGCCACCGGCUGCCAUCUGCAAUCGCCCCUCCCCUAGCCACCGGCUGCCGCCAGUGCUGGUGGGUUCACAUUGGCUUCUCGGAAGGGUUUUACAUUUGAAAAUAUGGCCUAAAACAAAGACCUUAGAUUUGAAUUUUUGCCCGAGAGUUGAGCCUUUAAUCGCUUUUACUUUUUUUAUUUUAUUUUUUAUUUUUUGAUUCCAUAUGCAUCUCAUUCACUCCAGCCAAAUAUUUAUAUUAUAAAUCUUUCAACCACAAGCGAAGAUAUAUUCAAAUUAACAAGAAGCUCAAACAAUUUAAAUGGAUGCUCAAAGCUUGCUUUUUGGGUCUCGUUCAAACUCAAGCAGUCCAUCAAUUCAAAACCUUAAAGCAUCAUUCUUUUCAACAUUACCCAAUUAUUUUUCUCCAUCACCAUCUUCAAGUAUUCAAUCUUCAAGACUGGUCUCCUUCAAAAUCCAUCAUUCUGUUGCUUCGCAUCUUGUAAUAUCCAAGAAAUCACUUCAGUGCCAAAGUAGGGUUGAAAAAGUAGAGAAUGUUCCUGAUUUUGACAAAGAUUUGGGAAAAAGAAGUAAAAGGAAAAAGUUGGCUGUUUUUGUUUCUGGAGGAGGUUCGAAUUUCCGGUCAAUAUAUGAGGCAACUGUUAGAGGGUCAGUUCAUGGAGACAUUGUUGUUUUGGUGACAAACAAACAAGGCUGUGGAGGUGCGGAGUAUGCAAGAUAUAAGGACAUUCCUGUCAUUUUGUUUCCUAAGACAAAAGAUGAACCUGAAAGUCUGUCUGUAAAUGACCUUGUAACCACUCUUAGGAGAUUUGAGGUUGAUUUUAUUCUUCUAGCUGGAUACUUGAAACUUAUACCUGAUGAGUUGAUCCGAGCUUAUCCAAAUUCCAUCUUAAAUAUUCAUCCCUCACUUCUACCAGCUUUCGGAGGCAAGGGUUAUUAUGGUAUGAAGGUGCAUAAAGCAGUCAUUGCUUCUGGAGCAAGGUACUCAGGUCCUACUAUCCAUUUUGUUGAUGAGCACUAUGAUACUGGGCGCAUCCUUGCUCAAAGAGUUGUUCCUGUGCUUGCCAGCGAUACUGCAGAAGAGCUGGCCGCUAGAGUUCUUUGUGAGGAUGAAGCUGGUUGGAGACAGGGUGGUCGAGAGAGGAGGGGAUAUCACAGUCUGUGUGGAGCAUCAAUUAUUUGUGGAAGUGGCAGAAGCAGUAUGCGAUGAUCGGAUAAUUUGGAGGGAAGAUGGCGUCCCUAUGAUCCAGAGCAAAGAAAACCCUAAUGACUAUAGCUAGCAGGAUUGUCUGGACUUUGUAUUGAGCAAAGAUGGUCUUUCUUGUUUGGGUGUCUUUAACUAUUUAUAUAGAGUACCUUUUGCCUCACGGAGCAUGUCUUUUAACAAACUGGACCUAUGUUGGUCAGUUUUAGAAUUUAAGGGAAUAUUUGGCGUAAGUUUGGACACUCGGUAAAAAAAAAAAAAAAAAGAGAGUACUGUGGAGAUUGUAAUUUUUGUUAUUUUAAAGUCACACCCUAGCCCUAGAUCAAGCAAUCAAGCAAUUUUCACUUUCCACAAUCCACCAUGUAACAAGGAAAUUUUAACC